CCUGGUCACACUGACAUAGCCUGUCUUCAGAAAUGGCAGGUCGGUAAAAAUAGCAAUUGUUGUCGGGCGAAGCGAAUACUCGUAAUAGUGCUGCUGCGGGAAAAACCUUUCCCCGGCACCACGCGCUUAACAAACCAAUGUGGUGGCCAACCCGCAAAAACAGUGCAAAUGUGCGCAGGGCUAGUCGCCGCAGAACGAUAAGCCGACAGAAGCGAUAGAGCAGUGAAGUGACUAAAACGGAUAAAUCAAAGUACAAAGAAGGCCCUAUUACGACCUCCACGAUGAGUCUCUCGCGUGGCGGGGGCAACACGACGCUGGACAUGCAGCCGCUGCUGGAUGACAAAGGCGGGGAUGAUGAACAGCAGUUGGACGCCAAUGGAUCCGGCUCCAAGGAGCUGGGACACCGGGAACGGGAGGAAUCCGCGGUGUUCGUCAAGAAGAUCAGCAGCGCCCUUUUCUACGGACUGUCGUCGUUCAUGAUCACGGUGGUGAACAAGACGGUGCUCACAUCGUAUCACUUUCCAUCGUUUCUGUUCCUAAGUUUGGGCCAGCUCACCGCCAGUAUUGUGGUUCUGGGAGCGGGCAAGCGCCUGAAGCUGGUCACCUUCCCGCCGCUGCAGAGGAAUACCUUCGCCAAGAUUUUCCCCCUUCCCCUUAUAUUUCUGGGCAACAUGAUGUUCGGAUUAGGCGGCACCAAGUCCCUAAGUUUGCCCAUGUUUGCUGCCUUGCGGAGAUUCUCGAUCCUGAUGACCAUGCUGCUGGAGCUGAAGAUACUGGGAUCCAGACCCUCCACGGCUGUGCAAAUCAGCGUUUAUGCCAUGAUUGGAGGAGCCCUGCUGGCCGCCUCCGAUGACCUCUCAUUCAACAUGCGCGGCUACAUCUACGUGAUGAUCACCAAUGCGCUGACCGCCUCCAAUGGCGUCUACGUGAAGAAGAAACUGGACACGUCGGAGAUCGGGAAAUACGGCCUGAUGUACUACAACUCGUUGUUCAUGUUCCUGCCCGCCCUAGUGCUGAACUAUGCCACCGGGGAUCUGGAGCAGGCCCUGAACUUUGCGCAGUGGAACGACCCGGUGUUUGUCUUCCAGUUCCUGCUCAGCUGUGUAAUGGGAUUCAUCCUGUCGUACAGCACCAUACUGUGCACGCAGUUCAAUUCGGCCCUGACCACCACAAUUGUGGGCUGCCUGAAGAACAUCUGUGUGACGUAUCUGGGCAUGUUCAUUGGCGGGGACUAUGUGUUCUCGUGGCUCAACUGCAUCGGGAUCAACAUCAGCGUGCUGGCUAGUCUUCUCUAUACGUACGUCACCUUCCGCCGGAAGCGGGCGCCCGAUAAGCAGGCUCACUUGCCCAGCAGCAACCGCGGCGAGAAUGUCUAGCAUCGUCUCUAGCUCAAACUCAAGCCAAAGCCAUACACAAUGUAUUCUAACUUUCGUACUUCGAUUUUCCUUUAGACUCCACCCAACACAGCUGCCCCAGCAGCGCAUCGUAUCUGUAUAUAUUUCUAGCUAUGUAUUAAACGAGUAUAUUUUAGCAAAUUUUUAAUUUUAAUCACUUUGUACAUUUGUCUGCAAUAUACGAAUAAGUAAUAGAAAUAUACAGACAUUUCGCGAGAUAA